AUGAAAAUUGAUCUUCUACCUGCGUUAGCAGCAUUUAUAAGACGUUAUAAAGUAACAAAAUUAUUUUAUAUUAUCGAAGGUGAUGAAGCAUUUGAACGUUAUCAAGCAAUGAUGGUUGCACAAGCACGAGAAAAAAGUUAUGAUAUUUUAGAUAUUCAAGGUCGUCAAUUAAUUGAUAAUACAAAUUCUAAUCAUACAAAAAAUUUAUUACAAAGUGUAGAAAUAAAUGAUCGUGGUACAAAAGAAGAACGUUAUAUUGUACUUGAUUUGAUUGAUAUUCAAAGUUAUAUUAAAUUAUUGAUGCAAAUUCGACAUCAAGGAAUGACAACACCACAUUAUCAUUAUAUUCUAAUGACACUUGAAGCUGAUCGAAUCGAUAUGCGUGCUUUUCGAUAUGGUGGUGUUAAUGUAACGUAUUUUUUACCAAAAUCAGCUUUUAAAAUGAAUUCAUCAGUGAAUUCAUCGAUAACUGAUCGAUUGAGUUUACCAUCGUUCGAAAAGAAAACAUUAGCAGAUGCUUUAUAUUUAUACAUGCAAGCAAUAAUGUUUUUAGAUGAACGAACUCGUGCUAAAAUUGUUGAUUCUGAUUCGACGGAUGAUAAUUUUGAUCAUUUAAAAAUCGAAUGUCGAGCGAAAGGAAGACAACGAUCACAUGAACCAUUUGGUGAAAAGUUAUUUUCUAUAAUGCAAUCCCUUUCAUUUGAUGGAUAUUCCGGCCAUGUAGCAUUUAAUGAAUAUGGUGAACGUAUUAAUUAUACUUUAAAUGUUUAUCAAGUUACAAUGAAUAAAUUACCAAGAAAUAUGGGCAAUUUUACACAUGAUGAUUUUCAUUUUGAUGAUCUUAGAAUAUUUGAAGGCCGUCAAGCACAUGAUUUUGAUAAAGCAAAAGAACGUAUAAUUUCAACAAUUCUUGACGAACCAUUUACAAUGUUAAAUUUAAGUGUUAUUGGAAAUGUUAGUGCAGCAGAUGCAGCUGGUCAAUAUUAUACCUUUGAUCAAUUAUAUGGUUAUUGUGUUGAUUUAGCUCGGUUAAUAUGUGAAGAAAAACUUGAAAUUCCAUGUAAAUUUCGUAUUGUAAAAGAUAAUUCAUUUGGUAAUAAACCACCAAAUGAUCAACCAUGGACUGGAAUGAUUGGAGAAUUAGUACGACAUGAAGUUGAUCUUGCUAUUGCACCAUUAACAAUAACAAGUCAACGAGAAAGUGUUGUUGAUUUUAGUAAACCAUGGAUGAAUCUUGGAAUCAGUAUUUUAAUUAGUAAACCAGAAAAAACUAAGCCAGGUGUAUUUUCAUUUAUGGCACCAUUAUCAAAAGAAAUUUGGAUGUGUGUUACAUUUGCAUAUAUUGGUGUUAGUGUCAUACUAUUUCUUGUUUCACGUUUUUCACCCUAUGAAUGGAGUAUGGAAGAUGAAGAAACAUUUCAAUUAUCAAAUAAAUUUUCAAUUUUAAAUACACUCUUCUUUGCCUUAGCAGCUUUUAUGCAACAAGGUGUAGAUUUUAUACCAAGAUCAAUAUCAGGUCGAUUAGUUGCAGGUGUAUGGUGGUAUUUUUCAAUGAUUCUUGUAUCAUCAUAUACUGCUAAUUUGGCUGCUUUUUUAACUGUGGAACGUAUGGUUACACCAAUUGAAAGUGUAGAAGAUCUUGCUAGACAAACAGAAAUAAGAUAUGGUAUUGUUCGUGGUGGAUCAACACAAACAUUUUUUGAAAAAUCGGAUGUAAAACUUUUUCAACGUAUGUGGACAUAUAUGCAACAAGGUGAUGAUGUUUUUGUUCCUAAUAAUGAAGAAGGUAUCAAUAAAGUUCGAAAAUCGAAAGGAAAAUAUGCAUUUUUACUUGAAUCAACUAAAAAUGAAUAUACAAAUGAACGUUCUCCGUGUGAUACAAUGAAAAUUGGUUCAAAUUUAGAUUCCAAAGGUUAUGGAGUUGCAACACCAGUUGGUUCAGAAUUACGAGAAGCAAUUAAUAUAGCUAUACUUGAAAUGAGUGAAGAUGGUGCAUUAAAUAAUUUAAAACGAAGAUGGUGGUAUGAACGAUCCGAAUGUCAUAGUGGUACAACUAAGGAUUCUAAACAGAGUAAUGCACUUAAUUUAGUUAAUGUUGCUGGUAUAUUCUAUAUAUUAAUUGUUGGUUUAACUUUGGCUAUUGUACUUGCUGUAGUAGAAUUUUUAAUUAAAGCAAAUCAAGAAGCAAAACAAACACGACAUAAUGUUUUUGAUGUUAUGAAACGAAACAUGAGAUUAAGUAUUGCUGGUGUUGAUUUAAAUGAAGGAGCUUCAGCACAACUUCUAUGUAAAUCUCCUACACAAGAGCAAUAUCAAAGUUCUGAACAAUUAUUCGAAGAAAAUGGAGAUAUCGCUAGUGGCAGUCAUAGUCAAGUUUAA